AUCCCACACAUGAAAUAUAUGAUGCGAAUUUAUUGGCCACAUUACAGUGUCCGAAUCAGUGCAUUGAUCUGGUCCAUUCGAUUCUUCCUUCCAGUGCGACUUGUUAUUGUCGCCAUCGCGUCACUGAUGUCAUUGCAACAUGUGCUGCACAAUGUGUAUGGAGGCAACCUAUGACUAAUGCAUUACCAGACCCAAUUUCCAUGAGAAAAUGAUGUGAGAAGAACAACUCAGGAGUUUAGUUCUUUCUUCGGUUUGUGCUGUGGUACAACUAAUGGCUGCAGGUUGAUAUAUUUGAAUAGAACUAUUUGUAUGUCUCACUUAGGUGAUUUGACUCUUGUAAAACAAAUCAAGGAUUUGUAUUACCGACACAUGCAUACAUUUUGUAUGUUUCUGUUUUUUCUCAUACAAUUCUUUUACUUUUAUUUGGUUAUAAAAGUAUAAUAAAAUUGUGACCAAUUUCUUCUGCUGACCUAAAUAGCUGCAGUUGCUCCUGUGAUCCAUUCAGAUUAACAGUACGUGCAGUAAAAUCCAUUAAGAUAGAAGAACAGUAGAUCAGGAAAAAAUAGCCAUCGGAUGUAAAUAGUUGCCUGGAGGCAAUCUGUGGUUGUCUGGCUGAUAACACCUUAUAGAAUUAUUCAAGGGAAUGAAAAUUCAGAAAAUGGUAAGAUUAAUUGAGAUUUUUUACAAAACCACUGGAUAUCUGCUGAUGUGUCGCCAAUAUGCUGCCUGUGAUUCCUCUGAUUUAUUGAUCAUAUGGCGCAAAUCGACUGGCUCAGCAGGAUCUGAAGACUACAAACAUGAGGACAGCAUCGGAUGCUAUUCACUUCACCCUUUAUAAAUUGGCAGGAGCAUCAGCAAUUGAACACCAGAACUCUGAGCAGCUAGGCAGCUCCUCUCUUCCACACGUGCCAGUGUUCAAGCUUCUCCCAUGGAGACCACAACCAUUUGCAAUGGUGCACUCGGCCCUGUUGCGCACCAAAGCGUACCUGUUCUGGUGCUCAUAUCUUUUGUGUCUCUGUUCAGCGCAUUUCUGAUAUACUUCUAUGCACCCUUCUGGAGUGUGAGGAAAGUUCCGGGGCCUCCAACCAGGUUUCCUUUAGGCCAUCUUCAUCUUCUUGCCAAGAAUGGACCAGACGUCUUUCGUGCUAUAGCGAAGGAGUACGGUCCGAUCUUCAGGUUUCACAUGGGAAGGCAGCCACUGGUGAUCGUGGCCAAUGCUGAGCUGUGCAAGGAAGUUGGUAUCAAGAAGUUCAAGGACAUCCGCAACCGGAGCACCCCGCCACCGACUGUCGGCUCCCUCCACCAGGAUGCCCUCUUCCUCACCAGGGACUCGACGUGGUCGGCCAUGAGGAACACGGUGGUCCCGCUCUACCAGCCGGCGCGGCUUGCCGGGCUUAUCCCGGUGAUGCAGUCUUACGUGGAUGCGCUGGUGGCCAACAUCGCCGGCUGCCCGGACCAGGACUGCAUCCCCUUCUGCCAGCUGUCACUGCGGAUGGCCAUCGACAUCAUCGGCAAGACAGCCUUCGGCGUCGAGUUCGGCCUGUCAAAGGAUUCCGCGGGCAGCGGCUGCAGCGGAGGCGAGGUCGACGACGACAUCAGGGAGUUCCUGAAGGAGUACAAGCGGUCCAUGGAGUUCAUCAAGAUGGACCUGUCGAGCUCGCUCUCCACUAUCCUGGGGCUCUUCCUCCCGUGCGUCCAGACGCCGUGCAGGCGGCUGCUCCGGCGGCUGCCCGGCACGGCGGACUACAAGAUGGACGAGAACGAGCGCCGGCUGUGCCGCCGCAUCGACGCUAUCAUCGCCGGCCGGCGGCGGGACCGGGCCUCCCGCCGGCGCGACGGUGACGGCGACGGAGACGGCGACGCCGCUCGGUCCGCCCCGCUGGACUUCAUCGCGGCGCUGCUGGACGCGAUGGAGAGCGGCGGCGGGAAGGAGCUCGCGCUGGAGGACCGGCACGUCCGCGCGCUGGCGUACGAGCACCUCAUCGCCGGGACGAAGACGACGGCGUUCACGCUGUCGUCGGUGGUGUACCUGGUGUCGUGCCACCCGCGCGUGGAGGAGAAGCUACUCCGGGAGCUGGACGGCUCCGCGCCGCCGGGCGGGCGGGCGCCGAACGCCGAGGAGCUCCAGAGCAGGUUCCCCUACCUCGACCAGGUCAUCAAGGAGGCCAUGCGGUUCCACCUCGUGUCGCCGCUCAUCGCCAGGCAGACCUCCGAGCGCGUCGAGAUCGGCGGCCACGUCCUCCCAAAGGGGGCGUACGUGUGGCUGGCGCCGGGGGUGCUGGCGCGGGACGCGGCGCAGUUCCCGGAGCCGGAGGAGUUCCGGCCGGAGCGGUUCGCGGCGGGGGCGGAGGAGGAGCGGGCGCGGCACCCGUACGCGCAUAUCCCGUUCGGCGUCGGGCCGAGGGCGUGCAUCGGGCACAAGUUCGCGCUGCAGCAGGUGAAGCUCGCCGUGGUGGGACUCUACCGCCGGUACGUGUUCCGGCACUCGCCGGCGAUGGAGUCGCCCAUCCAGUUCGACUUCGACCUCGUCCUCGCCUUCCGCCACGGCGUCAAGCUCAGGGCUAUCAGGAGGGAGUGAAAGACUGGCUGCGUAGCUAAGCUUGGGCUCACGUGUGGAACUGCAUCCGUGAUGGUGUCAUGGUUUGUCUUCUCGUGUGUAACUUGUACUACUUCAUAGCAUAUCAAAAUAUCAAUAGCAGAUUGUAUUUGCAUACAAAUAGCUGAAGAAGAUUACAACGCAUUGAACCGUCGGUGAAUGCGUUGCAGAUACAACUUCCGUACAACAGUGUGUAUGAUGAAGGGGUUCCUCCACUUCCUAGUGCUAUGUGCCUAUGUUGUACAGCUUCAAACAUGAAUUUGACAAAUUUCUAUGAGACAUGCAAGAUUUUUA